AUGGUACACAACCAGCCCGACAUGGGGAGAGGCAGAAAAUCAAAUCAAGGCUCAGCGGUGGCCCCGAUAUUACAAAGCCGCAAGGAAGAAGGCCCAACACGCGUCGAGGAAGGCAACGAUUACGACACCGACUCGGCCGCAAGUGACACAAACCACGGGGCUACCACCGCUCUUACAAGUGAGGAUCUCAGACACCUACUGAGAGAAAUCAAGAUAAAUAUGGCGACAGAAUUCACUAAGCACCUAACGUCUAUCAAUGAAGGCCUCAGUGACCUCGCGCAAUGUGCUACUGAUAUGGAGGAGUGGAUGGACCAAGCAACCUCACGGUCCACUGCACACGAGAAUGCAAUAGAGGAACUAAGAGACCAG